GCGGUUGAGGAGGAGUGGCGGGAGGAGAGAGCCGGGUGUUCGCCACGAGCCGACUGACUCCGCCCCAGCGGAGGGGCGGGUGUGGUCGGUCGGUCGGUCGGUCGGUCGGCAGGCAGGGUCACGAUCCGGGACCUUCCUGGGCCGAGCGCGGAGGGUGCGGUGUCUGGCUGCGGGGGCCCCGAGGGAGUGAGCGUUCCCCGCGGUGGCGUCGCCGUCGGGCAGGGGCUUGGCGGCUCCAGGGUGGGGAGCUGCCUGUCGCGCUGACAGGUGGUCGUGCGGGGGGCGCCCCGAGGUUUGCGUCUUCACCAGGUCCCGGGGCCGGGGCGAGCCGCGGGUCUCCUAGGUGUUCCCAGUCCUGGGGAGGUUGUCGCCCCGACGCCAGUUCCGGGCUGCUCGUUGGGAGGACUUUUCUCUGGCGGUCCUGCCUAGGUCCGUCUCUACUGCUUGUGCACUCCCAUUGUGGGGAGAUGUGAGGGUUGGGGAGAAUUUUGCGGCAAAGAACUGUUCAGGUUCUUGUAGGACUUAAGUCUUUUAAUAAACUGUCCGAAGUGCGAGUAGCCAAGCCACACACCUAGUGAAUGUUCGGUAACUGUGAAUCUAAAUUGAAGUUAAACUGGUUCCAGUUGCCACUAACCACGUGGCCCAUUUAGUGUCCCCUUAGUGUGCUGUUUAGGCCCGAAGAGGAGUGACAAGUGGGAGAAGAAAUUAAGACAUUUUAAAUUACCUCUGUAUGGCUUUUCAAUUUUAGUUGAAAUUCCCUCCAUGGCCUUUUGGAGUCCUUUGGUGUGUCUCCAGAGUAAAUUUCGAUUACUCUACAUUUCAUCAAUGUUGGAGUGGCAAGAAAAAGGAGGAACUGAUUUGGGGUGAAAAGGUAUAACGAACUGUAAACUCAAAAAAAAAAAAAAAAAGAAAAGAAAAGUAAAAGAAAAAAAAGAAUCAAAAACAAAGAUGGGUGAAAAGAAACCAGAGCCUUUGGACUUUGUGAAAGAUUUCCAGGAAUAUCUGACUCAGCAGACCCAUCAUGUCAACAUGAUUUCUGGAUCCGUUAGUGGGGACAAAGAAGCAGAGGCUCUUCAGGGAGCUGGAACAGAUGGUGAUCAGAAUGGACUUGAUCACCCAUCUGUCGAAGUUUCCCUGGAUGAAAACUCAGGAAUGUUAGUAGACGGGUUUGAAAGGACCUUUGAUGGGAAGCUCAAGUGUCGGUACUGCAACUAUGCCAGCAAAGGCACUGCCCGGCUCAUCGAACACAUUAGAAUCCACACAGGUGAGAAACCUCAUAGAUGUCACUUAUGUCCAUUUGCAUCUGCUUAUGAACGUCAUCUGGAAGCCCAUAUGCGUUCCCAUACAGGAGAAAAACCAUAUAAAUGUGAACUGUGUUCCUUCCGCUGCAGUGAUCGAAGUAACCUGUCCCAUCAUCGAAGGCGCAAGCAUAAAAUGGUACCAAUUAAAGGUACUAGGUCUUCCUUAAGCAGCAAGAAAAUGUGGGGGGUUCUACAGAAGAAAACAAGCAAUCUGGGCUACAGCAGACGAGCACUAAUCAACUUAAGCCCACCUUCCAUGGUGGUUCAGAAGCCAGACUACCUUAAUGAUUUUACCCAUGAAAUUCCAAAUAUCCAGACUGACUCCUAUGAAAGUAUGGCAAAAACCACAGCAACUGGUGGCCUGCCAAGGGACCCCCAAGAACUCAUGGUUGACAACCCUCUAAACCAGCUCUCAACUCUAGCAGGACAGCUGUCCAGUUUGCCACCUGAAAACCAAAACCCCGCAUCCCCUGAUGUAGUUCCCUGCCCCGAUGAGAAGCCUUUCAUGAUGCAGCAGCCCUCUGCCCAAGCAGUCGUUUCUGCUGUGUCAGCAAGUAUUCCUCAGAGCUCCUCUCCCACUAGCCCCGAACCUCGGCCAUCACAUAGUCAGAGGAACUAUAGUCCGGUGGCGGGUCCAAGCAGUGAACCAAGCGCCCACACGAGUACUCCUAGCAUAGGAAACAGCCAGCCAAGCACUCCAGCUCCGACCCUGCCUGUCCAGGACCCGCAGCUUCUACACCACUGCCAGCACUGUGACAUGUACUUUGCCGACAAUAUCCUUUACACUAUUCACAUGGGAUGUCAUGGGUAUGAAAAUCCUUUUCAGUGUAACAUAUGUGGAUGCAAAUGUAAAAACAAGUAUGAUUUUGCCUGUCAUUUUGCAAGAGGGCAACAUAACCAACACUGAUUGUAAACAAUCACGUUAUGCUUUCUUUGGUUUGCCUUUUUGUGUUUUGCAGUUUACUGUUGUUUUUUGCAGGAGGGGGGUGGGAGGUGUCAUCCCUAAUAAUGUGUCUGCUAAUUAAAGUCUAUACAUAUAAAGUAUAAAUUUGACAGUGGAAACAAAAUUUCUUUUUUCUUCCCCCCCACCCCCCACAGUACCCUUGUCAAGGUCAUUAUGUAUUAGAACAGUUGGACACAUUGGUGCCCAUUUUUUCCUUUUAUUUAGACAUUUGAGAAUUGGAGUGCAAUCAUAAUCUUACAAGUGAUCAUUUAUAUUUCUCACAUUUAUGGUCCAUAAGAACUUCAAGGCUGAUAGAUACUCUUGGUAUUUCAACAUCUACACUGCAGCUAGAUGUUAUUUCUGCCAUAAUUUCAAAAUGGUAGAAUAAAUUACUUUCUCUUGCAAAAUCUUUUACAACUUAUUUCAAUGUUAAGUAGAGGAAUUGCCUUUAAAAUUGCCCUUAAUUGAAAACUAUUUAGUUAAAAUAGCUUAGUUGAAACAGUAGUUUAAUUUCAACUGAUAAUAGUAAAGCAGUUUCAGUGUAGUAAAUCUUUCUUUUUUCCAUAAGGGAAAAUGUAAAACAUUCAGUUCUUUAAAAUUAAAGUUAUAAAAAUAUGAGGUAAAAGUUCUGAAAAGAAAUGAAACUUAAGAGUUUAAAUUGAAAAUGAAGUUUAAUACUUAAAAUAUAUGCUUAUUCAAUUUGUAAUGUAAACACAGCAGUUUUUCAUUGGAUUCUUUUUAUUAUACUUGUAAUUUAUUUUAAAAACUACAGGUACACACAUGAGAACGCUAGAAAUAUCAGAGGAUUACCUAUGAAGAUGCCUUUUUUCCUUUUAAUUUGAACUUUUCAUUUAAAUCUUCAUUCUGAUGUUACACGUGAGGUUGAUGACUGAGAAUCUGUUACUUCUUCUAUUCCUUUGAUGACCAAAGAGGUACAAUGGAAAUCAUCCAUCUUAUUCCUAGGAAAUGUGGUCCUUCCCAAAAAACUCUCGUUUCCUUUUCCUGCCUUCUAUCCAUUUAUUGCCCAUAAUUUUCAAGAAAAGGUAGGUAUACAAACAUGUGGGAAAAUGUAAAGUAAUAUUUAUAAAAAUGAUAACAUAUGUCCAAAACGAAUUCUGGUCUCCGCUUCAGAAUUGGCCAUUUAAGAUAUCUUCUGUGAAUUCAAGUUCUAAUGCUUAUUUGCAGUUUUACCAAGUCUUUAAUGUACAGCAAGAAAACUAUAUGGAAACUGUGAAUUGAAUAGUCGCCUUAGUAGAGAAGGAUUAAAAAAAGUGUAGAAAUAGAUAUAAAAGAUGCAUUUAAACAUGAUAUUUAAUUUGUUUACAAAAAUAAAACUUGCUAUAUAAAUCUAGAGUAAUUUUGAAUAAGAGGCUGUUUUUAUAUUGUAUACUAGCCUACUCUGAGGACAGCUUGGUCAAACAAUAAAAUAUAAUGUUACUAA